AUGGCCCUCGUUCGUGACCCAUAUUUCUGGAAACGGUUCUCUGCUGCAGUGCACAUGGACGAAGAGUCUAAAGCAGUUGAUCAAGGAACACAAAAACAAGACGCGGCAUCAUGGCUUUCCCGCGAACGACGAAAGAGCAAGCGUUCAAUUAUAUGGGGCUGUGUAAUUUUCCUCAUCGUGGUGUUGAUCAUCAUUGUCAGCGUGGUUCUAUCGUGGCUUGCUAAGAACAAUUGGCUCCAACCCCGGUCAGAGAUUACUCAAUAG